AUGAUAGCCUUUUCCCUGUUGGUCACAUCCGUUCAGUUUUUCGGUCAACCCAUACACUGUAUCCAAAAAGACGACAUUCCCAACGAUCUGCUCGAGACGUACUGUUGGAUUCACUCCACGUUUACAUUACCGCACGCCCUGAACAAGAAGGUGGGCGUGGAGGUGGCCCACCCGGGGGUCGACCAGUAUAAGCCCGGCGACACAAAGACAUACCAUUCCUACUAUCAGUGGGUGUGGAUCGUAUUGUUCAUGCAAGCCCUGGUUUUUUACGUUCCGCGAUAUUUGUGGAAACUAUGGGAAGGGGAACGCCUGAAAAGUCUGGUACUCGGACUCAAUAAGCCUAUUAUGCCUGAGAAGGUCAAGAAUGAGCAGAUCGGGCUACUGGUACUGUACCUCAAGUCCAACAUCCGGUACCACAACUGGUAUUUCUUUUAUUUCGUAAUUUGCGAAGUCCUCAACUUCGUGAACGUCAUAAUCCAGAUGUAUGUCAUCGACGCCUUUCUCGGUGGUGCGUUCAGUAGCUAUGGAUCCGAUGUACUGAACUAUACGGAGAAGGAUCAGGAGGAUAGGGUGGACCCCAUGAUAGCUACCUUCCCCCGGAUGACCAAA